AUGAGCGACCUUCGGAUCCAUGCAGCGCUGUCGCCGCGCGUAGCAGUGCUCUCGAGUCCCGAUGUGGACCGGGUGAUCCAGUUCAACGGCAUCCCGGAUCUGUCGACGCUGCUGCGGCCGUUCGAGUUCUCGGUGGAGCGGCUGUCGGUGCGCACCUCGCAGCUCGAGACGCGCGUCUGCGAUCGCUUCCCGCUCCGCUUCGAUCCGUACUCGAUGUUCAACGCUCAGGCUGCGCGUGCGGUCAAUCCGGCAGAAGAGCUGCUCGACCAGGUCAACCAGUUGAUCGCCACCAACAUCAAAAAGUGGGAUGCUCAGGUCCCAAAGCCGAAUGCAGCUGGACAGCAGCACCACACAGGAUCGGACAAUGCGUUCAACGAGCUUGACGACAAGGAAGCAGCAGGGAAAGCACUGGAAGAAACGCUGGCCAAGCUGCAGCGAGGCUCGCUCGAAGAGACAACGCCGUGGUUCGCUGCCGUCCAGCAGCUGGCGUUUAGCCAAAGACCCGUUUGCAAGCACGAAACAUUCGGACAUCCGGUCGCGGUGCUUCUCGCGGUGUCGUCCGCAUCGCCGGAUCCGAUGAACGACUUUGCCAAGCUGUACGAAGUCACCUCGCAGGCGUCGCCGUUCCCCGCUCAGCCCUUCAUCAACACGGACGUGCUCAAGUACUACGUUCUCAUCCAUGACGUGCGCACGUCGGGCCCCGACCUGAGCAGCUCAAAGGAGAUGCUCGAGCAGAUCAAGAAGACGUACGGCCUGCACUGCUGCCUGCUGGCCAUCAACAGUGCUCCGGACGACAGGCCCGCUGCGCCCGCCAAGCUGGCUGCGCUUUGGUCGCCCUACGUGCCGACCUUGCCAACUUCGCCGAAUCCGAUGAGCCCACCGGGUGAUCCGACGCGCGCAAAUCUGGCUGCUGUGCUGGACGAGGAGGACGUGAAGCGGAUCAAAGGCUUUAUCCGCGAGUUGACCGCGCAGUCGAUCGUGCCGUUCAUGGAGCGCUAUGUGCAGCACAUGGGCGAGCAUCUGGCCAACUCGCGGCGCGGACUGACCAACCGGCUGUUCGGUGCGUCGCGCAAGCUGUUCGGCGGCGUCAGUGUGGGUGGCUCGAGCGACAAGAGCGGCAGCGGCUCCUCGACGCCCGGUGGGCUUGCGACUUCGGGCGGGUACGAUGCGCAAAACGAGUGGUAUCCGUACACCUCGAUUGAGGCGCAGACGCGGCGUCUGGCGGAUUUCGCCUUUACCAUCCGCGACUACAAGCUGGCUGCGUCCAUGUACGACCUGGGCCGCAAGGACUUUGCGGGCGACAAGGCGCACAGGCACUCUGCAGCGGCGACCGAGAUGUUUGGGCUGUCGCAUCUGAUGAUCAUGUACACGGCACGCAGUGCGCCCAUCGAUGUGGACAGCUACCUUGCGCAGGCGUGUCAGGAGUACACUCUGCGAUCGGCGGCGCGUGCAGCGCCCGCGAUGGACGAGAACAACGCUCUGCGCGCCACGCUGCUGUACUACGAGGCCUACCGGAUGCUGGGCUAUCUGCGACCGGCUCCGGCGGGGCUGCUGCGCAUGUCGCAGCGCUCGGACGAGGUGCUGGCGCCGCUGUUGCUCGAGCAGGCGGCGCUGGCGUGUUUGCAGCUAAGGCCGCGUGCGGCGCUGCGCAAGUACGCCCUGCAUCUCGUCAUGGCCGCGCACAAGUACCAGGCGUGCGGGCAGAAGGCGCUCUCGUUACGCUGCUAUGCAAAUGCCGCCGUCGUGUACCGCGACAAGGGCUGGACGCUGGUCGAGAACCACAUCGAACACGAGCUCGGCAUGCAGGCGUACAACGACGGCGAUUCGGACACCGCGCUCGCGCACCUCGUGCGCCUCGUCCGCCCCAGCGCCAACUCGAGUGUAGAGCACGACACGUUCCUCAAAGCGGUCCAGACGGCGUACAAGUACUCGGCGCGCGCGGGAGAGCAGCCAGACUCCAUCCCAGGCGCGGCUGCAACCGCCUUGGCCCUGCCCGUACCUAUGUUCGAUGCGGCGUCGGCGUCGCUGCGGUUCGUGCCCGAGUCGAGCGCCUCGGCGACGUCGGCGGUGGACGAGGAGGUGUGGGAGCGGCUGGAGGAGCAACUGGUGGCGAGUGGGUUGGGCGAGCGAACGCAUGCGGACGGGUCGAAGAGCAGACGCAAGAGGCCGACGAGCAAAACAUCGACGCAGGCGAGGGAAGUGCCCGUCGGCCAGACGUUCUGGCUCGAGAUAGCACUGCACAAUCCGCUCGGCGUUGAACUUGCUGUUGACCAUAUCCGCCCUGUGCUCAAGCACGACACUCCCGAUCAGGACGAUUUCAGCGAUGUGGAGACGGAGGAUCCGGGGCGGAUGGUGCUGGGCGCCUCUGAGCAUCGACGGAUCAGCGUUGCGAUGCGAGCGAGCAAAGAGGCCAAGGCGCUGCGCGUGGCCAGCGUGACGUUCCGGCUGGCGGAUGCGAUCGAACUCGUGCAGCCGCUGGUGAAAAAGGGGCAGCGGCUGAAUGCGACCAAGGAGCAGCGGGCGGCGGUGGUGUAUGGGCGCGAGCUGAGCUUGGCGGUGUCAGUUCAUGCGGCGCGCCCGACUCUGACUGCACGCAUCGUGCAUGCACCCGCGCACAUGCUGCUGGGCGAACAAGCGCGGCUCAAAGUGGUGUUCAAGAACGAGGGCGGCGCGCCGAUCGAGGACUUGCGUGCGCUGUGCGACCAACCGGAACUGGCGACCUUCGACGGCGUGCCUUCCAGCGCAGAGGACACGACGAUGGCGAAUCACAUGGACCCGGCGGGUCCGGAGGAUGUACUGGGCAGCGGGCAGCUUAUGCCGGGCGAGGAGGUGGAGCGGUGGCUGGCGGUGCGGCCCAACCGAACAGGCGCGGUGAGCAUCGCAUGGCUGCUGCCGUUCUCGUCUGGCGAUGGCGAGACGUAUCUAUCGCGGCUAGCGCUGUCAACCAAGGUGUCUGCGGCGCUGCAGAUCAACGUCACCACGGAGCCGGAGCGCAGCACGGAAUGCAGGCACGUGGUGACGGUCGAGGCGACGAAUCGGCUGAGCAGCGACGAGAUCCGCGUGGAUGCACUGUCUCUGCUCGGACCCGGCUGGAAGCUCGCGAAGUCGUCUGCGAUGCCGCAAAGUGUGGUGAUUGCGCCGCUGCAGGUGUGGCGCGAGCAGGUGUUGGUGGAAGCCGCGAGCGCCGAGGGUGGCAUGGACGAGUACACGGCCACCAGGCUGCAGGAUGUGUUGCUGAGCCGAGACACGCGGCGUGCACGUGCGGCCGGCGUGAAGCUACACCUCACCCGUGUCGCAUAUGCUUCCGAGUGGGAUGGAUUGAUGCUGGGACUGCAUCGGGAGGCUCGCAAGGUGUGGCGUAGCCGGUGGCUUGGUGCUGCAUUCCCGACGCUGGGUGCACGCGACCGGCGCGACGCCUUCACGCUGUGGGAGCCACGCGACCUUGACGUGGUGGUGCACUUUGCGCUGCAGCCGCGCACCGAGAGCAGCGCGCGUUGCGGUCAGGUGGCGGUAUACGGGCUUCAGCCCGGCCCGCUGCGCAGUCAGAUCCGGGCCAUCACGCAUCCUCGCUUGGAGCAGGGUGCGGGCAAAGCGGCGGUGCGCAGUCUGUACGCCGAGACGAUCAAAGAGAAAGCGACGGUGCUGGCCAACAUCCUAGCGAGCCGACUCAACGCCGAUCAAAACCCGGCCGUGAUCCACGCCACGCUCGCUUCCACGGAGGACAACGACGAGGCGGAGAGGAGGUACCGCUUUGUGGUUCGCAACUUCUCCGACGCCUACGACGUCAAGGUCGCGAUCCAGCUGCACGACGACACGGACGCAGACGGAGCGAGGUGGACGGGGCGCAAGACGCUGCGCUGUGCCCUGGCGAGCGGGGCGGUGGCCGAGCUGAUUGCGACGCGCAGCGAGACGCCGGGCGUGCAUGGCGUGCGGUACGGCGUUGUAGCGGAGACGUACGGCGCCGAUGGUGUGCCCUUCGCGCGCUACACCGAGCAGCACUAG